CUAUCAGUAUAAAUCAAUUUUUUUGCUUUUAUGGACUGCAGGACUGCGAUAAAUAAAAGAUUGAAAACCGGGCAAAUGUCAAUGUACUAUCGGAAAACUAUGAAAAGUUGACAUGGCAACAUUGGCGAUUUGUUCCCUUAUGUGACAUGGCGUCUGAUAGAAAAGUUUCUUCGUAGAGAAAUUGAAGCGUUAUUAUUGUUUUUAUGACAUCAUUUGGAAAAACGGCUUAUCGUAGAAGCCACAAGUAUUUUCUAGAGAUUUGCAUUGAUGGUAAUGCAUGCAAGGAAAACUCAGCGGAUGAACGAUGGGUACUUCGAGAAGCACCAAGCCCAUCCGUAUCAGAGUUCGAAGUACAGUUCAUCGAAGAGUUAUGGAUCGAGUAGUGACAGAUAUGAGAGGAUUCGGGAUUCACCCAAUGGCAAUUACAGGUCGGACAGUCCGGACUCUCAAUCGCCCAGGGACCGUGACAGAUCUUAUCAAUCGAAAAACUCCUAUCUACAGAAAAUCCGUGAAAAGGAGAGAGAAAAUAGAGACUAUAAGAUGUCGAGGGAUAAGUAUUCAGAUAGUGCCAGGUCACCAAAGGACAAGCGUAGUAGAGAUGAACAUAGGAUGGGAUCUGAUAGAAAUGAUGAAAAAAGUAUCUUGCAUCCGAUAAAAUCUUCUCAAUUAUCGUCAAGGGAUAGAAAGCCGAUGCAUAAUAAUUGUGUAGAUAAGAGAGAUGACAGAGACAGAAUAGUAAGAGUAGGGGAUUGGUCUGAACAUGUCAGUUCAUCUGGUAAGAAGUAUUAUUAUAAUUGCAAAACAGAAGUAUCCCAGUGGGAGAAACCAAGAGAAUGGAUAGAAAGGGAACGAGAUCGUGAUCGAUUUAGAAAUAGGGAUCGAGAUAGAGAUUCAGAUAGGAGUUACAGCAGUUGUAGCCGUUCAAAUUUGAGACAUGAGAAACAUUCCAACUCACGGGCGGCUAACAGCAGUAGCAGCACGAGCACUAAAGAACACAGUCGUGAAAGUGCAACUGUCAGUCGACAUUGGAGUAGUAGCAGUAGCCGAGAUGACGGGGACACAUCCUCUAAGGAUUCUUCUCGAUUGUCUCAGAAACAUGCCGAAGAUAGUGUUCAGGCUACGCAAGAUAUGGAUAUAUCGCCGGGAGACAGUACACCCACAUCAGAAAUUUCAUAUUCAACUAGUACAUCUCAACAGGCACCAGACCAAACAAAUACAAUAGGGCCAGUACUGUUAGCAAACGCCCUACCGAAGCUUAUCUCCCAUCCGAUCCAUAUACCAUCAAAUCCACUAGUGAGGACGGAGUUAUCACCGCAAAACACGCCAGUUCCAUCAACUGUAACAAUCUCAAAUACCCCAGGACCACCAGUGAGUCUAACAUUGACUACAUCCUUACCAAGGAUGGUAUCCCAGAGUACGCCGACUUCUGAAAAUUCUGAGAAAGGAGUACUUCAAAGACCUCCAAUUAUGACAACUACCGUUACAUCCAUCGGGGACAGUGCAGUGCUUACUACUCUAAGUGUGGACACUAAUCAUUCGGGAAGUGUUGUUGAGGGGCCACCUACGCCUACUCACUCUGAAACACCGGAUUGUGCAAAGGCUGCAGUAGUACCUGUGAGUAGUCCCCCUGGAACUUUACAAACACUGCAGGGUGUAUCUAGUUCUUUACAAGCCUUACGACCACAAGGGCCCACAAUUACACCUUCAUUAGUUAAUCAUUAUAGAGAUGAUCUAGUUAAUCAUGUAAGGGGAUGGCCGGCCGAGUUGUUAGAAAAACAGGCUCAAAAGUUGGCAGAAGAAGCGCAUAUAAUGGGCAGUAUACAAUGUUCCAAGGUUUCAGCCGAACUCAAAUCUGCAAGGUCAAUAGUUCGACUUACAGAAAUACAAGCAACUUUACAAGAACAGAGAAUAUUAUUUUUACGUCAGCAAAUAAAGGAAUUAGAAGAGUUAAAGUCACAAAAUUCGUUUAUGUCGGACGAUACUUAGUAGUCAAAUAUCACAAGAUUUUAGUCAUUAUUGUCAACAAGUUAACUUGAGUGGAAAAAAACCAUUUGUGUUGUUUUUUAAGCCGAUCAGAUCUUCUUUUGAUCGGCGUCCAUUUCUACGAUAUAAGUUUAAGUCCUACUAGUAGGGUGUUUUUGUAAAAACAAAAAGAGAAAACAACUUAGAGUGUAAUGUUCGAUUUUUUGUUGAAAAUAUAGCAGUUAUUGACGGGGUUAACUUUAGAUUUAAGCCUUUAAUGAGGAUAUCGCUUACUGAGCACUUUACGUAUGUUAAUUUAUAAACAAAUUCAAUAUUUUUAAGUCAUAAGACUUUUGCAUGGUUGGGAGUGAAAUAGUCUGAGAGCCAAGGGGUUGAGUAUGCAUUGUAUUACUCAACCCCUCUCUGGCUUCCAGACUAAAAGGGGUAUUUUAAAUAACUUCUUCAUAUAUUAGGUCACUGUUCGUAAAGUACCAUUGUGUACAUAUAAAAUUAUAUUUUAUGUUUCUAUGUGCACACUAAUUUUAUCUUAUUAUUUAUGUAUAAAACAAUUACAGGCGCCGAGGUGCUUAGUGGCAAUUAAUUUUUAAUAUGGAUACCAGUGCGGAAAGUUUAUGGCAUAUAGACUAUUUAAAAUAUUGACAUUGACAUUUCUAUGUUCCCUGUAUACUUUGAUUUUAUAAUAAAAGACAGUCACUGUGUGACAGUUCUGUCACUGUGUUCGUCACUCUUGAAAAUAAGUUUCGUUGACGUUUAAAUUUCAAAAAAAGCCUUAUUUUUAACUGCGAAUAUCCCUUCCCCUUUCAUUCGACGUCUCAUACGUCACUUGAUGAGAACCUAAAAUAAGAUUUGACAGACCGAAAAGAAUAGGCGUGGGCCUUUGUGACGUCAUUGAGCGUCGUUCUCAUUGGCGGACGUGGCUUGUGGAGGGUGGAGGUUUUGGUGGGCGAGUGACGUCAUGGCUGUCUAUCUCAACCGACUCAUACUUUGCUGACUCCUACUUUCUCCAACAAACACUUCAAAUCUGGACCCAUCACUCCAUUGUAUUGCAUCACAUCGUGAAUGUAUACAAUCUUUAUGUUCUUUUCGCCAUUUUAACGUAUUUUCUCUUGUUGUAAUAUUAAAGAUGGCUUUUACUCUGUGUAGACUGACGUUAACAGACCUUUUUUAGUCUCAUAUGUCUGAAUGAACAGUUUUAUUGUCAACAAUUAUUUUGGAUAGUGUAUAUAAAUAUUAAAGGACAUAGUAAGUAGUAUUGUAAAUAUAUAUAAGUAUAAAAAUUCCUGAUCAUGCAAAUCGGUGUAUAGUUGUCGGAAAUUUAUAGCGUUUGUCGUAUUGAUGAUAAUUUAAUUUAACAAUGAACGAAAUUCUUUUCCUACGAUAUAUACGACAUGUAAAGAAAGGUCUGUGUAUUUUAGUAGUUCAAAAAAGUCUAGGACAAAGACUUUACGCGACUAUAUUUCUUUCGCUUGGUUCACUCAUCAUUCACUUUACCUAGUUUGUAUAGAUGGAUUAUUAAACGACAAUGUCCAGUCAUCAUUUCAUUGACCGUUUUGAUCUUGUGUAUUGAGGUUCAUCAAACUGUUCGAGAGUUUUUUUAUCAAUAUUCUUGACUAUUUUGUUAGUCUGGAUUUGCCCUUGAGUGGUUCUACAUUUCUUUGGAUGAUUCAUUAUCAGCCAUUUCUGAACCUCGUGUUUCGUAGCAUCUUUAGUGAUGCCAUAGAAAGGUUCUGGCAUUUUACCAACAUAUCUGCUCGUUCGUUCCUAUGCACCCCUUCAUGAUUCGGCAUCCAUUUUAAAGACACUUUAUUGUCUUUUGCCAGGUUGUUGAGGAGAUCUUUGCAGUUUCUCACCAGUUUUGAUUUCGUGAGUGGGUUCCUUAGUGCCAGAAUAACCGCUUGGUUAUUUGUGUAAAUGUUGAUUCUCUUAGCUUUAGGGUCUUCAUCAAUGGAGGCCACCAAAGCAAAAACCUCAGUCUGGGGCCUGAUUCUAAUUAAUUGCGAGGUCGCAAUAUAAUUUCGACUCCGCCAUGAUGGUCGCAAGUUAUAGCGAUUCUUAUUAAUUUCGACAUUAGUUACAACUGGGGAUAUUAACGUUAUCAUUUUGACACUGCUCAAAAUUUGGGUUGGCGCUCCGGUUUAUUGGAUUUAUUGGCUACGCAACCACCACAACAUUUGUUGAUAGUCUGGGAAAAUUAUCGAAAAAAUGCCAUUUUUGGGAAAAGUUAUUUACCAGCUAUUUUAUUGCUAAAAUAGAAUCUUAAGAUUGCAUAUAUUAGUAAUAUGGGGUAUGACAAGUCCGUAGAAAGUGUGUUAUUUUAUUUAUAAAUAAACUAGCACUCCUAAAUCUUCUUUUUUUUGAUUAGUGCUCUGUAACUCCCAAGAUUUUUCCUUUAAACCAAAAACACUCAAAUAAAAAUUCACCGUAAUUUAGUUCUAGUAAGUUUUUUUUCCGAUUUCCUUCAACAAAAAUUUUACUUGAAAAUCCGAGUUUUCUCAAAAAAAUCUGCAAUUCUCAAUUAAAAUUUUAGGGAAGUAAUUAUUUAUCACGCAAACAAUCGAAAAAAGUUACGAACAUGGCAUAGAGCUGCACAUAUUGUUUAUUGAUUUCCAACAGGCUUUCGACAGCAUCUACAGAAAACAGCUAUUAAAAGAAAUGAAAAAUAUGAAUAUAUCUGCAAAAUUAAUAAGAUUGACCAGAAUGACAAUGAAGGACUCAACAGCAAAGGUUAAAACAGUGGAUGGUGAAACAAAGAAUAUCAACAUAGAACAUGGGGUAAGACAAGGCGACAGUCUAUCAACAACUCUCUUUAAUAUAGCCUUGGAGGGAGUAAUUAGAAACACAGGACUAACAAAAAAGACAAUAAUCCAAAGCUCUACACAAAUAAUAGGGUAUGCAGAUGACCUAGGAUUGAUAGCCCGCGACAAGAGAAGCCUAGAAGAUGCAUUGCUAACAUUGACAAGAGAAGCAAAAAUCAGGGGGUUAAUAAUUAACCAGAAAAAAACAAAAUACUUAAUAAGUACGAGAACUCAAGACCAAAUAAAAAGAAUAAAAGAAAUAAGAAUUAGUGAUAAUGUAUUCCAAAGGGUUGACUGCUUUAAAUACUUAGGAGUGAUAGUAGAUGGUCAAAACAGAAGAAGCA